AUGAGCAGAGGCAAGAUGCAGCGACCGACGGCGGUGGCCACGCCGCCGAUGGACUGCGCGAUCGACGACCUGGGCCAGCUGAGCUUCAUGCAACUCUAUGCCAAGCAGAGCCUGGACGUCCGUGGCGUUCUGCGGCAGCUCGUCCAGGACCUCGACGAGACUGCCCCGUUCGCCGACGAUGGCAGCGACGACAGUCUGCGCUGCAUGCAGGACGACAUAGACCUGCUCCAGCAGUCGUCUUCGGUGCCAUCGCACGCGAGCAUGACGCAAAACCGGGUGGGCAAGCCGAUGCGUCGGUUUCCAUCGGCUGUGCCGCCGGGCGCGCCCCGCACCGUACUGCAGCUACCGGACGCACUGUACCUUCCCGUCGAGCAGCUCGACUGGGAACAGGAUAUUGUAUGGGGCGACGCGCCUUGCUUGGGAUCAGCGUCUGUCAUGACAUUGGAGGAGAACACGACGCAGCGCCCAAAGGUCGCGAGCCGGGUGUGCACACGACCGCCCACCGCCAUGCUUCACGACAUAGAUAGCAGGCGGAGCUGUACUACAUCGCAGUCGCUAGAAGCAGCGCAAAAAGUACUGUUUGACAUGACUCUUCCGCGCACCUAUCGCUGGGAAGCCCCGUCCUCUCUCGGACAGAGCACGCGUCAAGAGCUCGCACCGACGCUCACGUGUCCUCUGAACCCGUCGUUGGACGACGGCGCGUGGCUCAACGCUGUCGCGUGGGACUGCUGCCUCGACAUGCCACCGUCCCAGGUCGUCCUCGACGCGAAUGACACGCAGAUUGUGCUCUCGUCCUCGGCGGCGGAGCGCAUCCCGUUGCUGAUUCCGAGUUGUCCGGUCAGUAUCUUUGAGAAACGCCGGGAGGCGAGUCGGGUCGAAGAGGCAAAGAAGGGGCGGCUUCAAGUGGCGACCGACACGUUGGCUCUGGACGACGCGACGGCCGCUGUCGCCGACACCGAGCGAACGACGCACCGCAGAGACACGCGCCGUCGUCACCACAUGGCGAGUGUGCACCACUCGGUUCCGGCGACGCAGCUCACGUGGGCGACGCCCGAGCUCUCGCCGCAGCAGCUCCGUGACCUGCACCGGCCGCGCGGCAAGUUUUGCAGUGACGAGCGCCUCGUCAUCGCCCCCGCACGAGACGCGGCGGCGGCAUUUGUCAAUACAGAAGCCACGCACGUGAUGACGGCCUCCGACUUGAGCUCGACAGGCGGCGGAAAGCUCAUUCUUCUCGAGUACGUCGAGCAGCACCCGCCGGUGCUGUCGCAUCCAGGCAUGGCAUCGCGCCUCUUGCACUUCUGGCGUCCGUCCAGCGAGACGACCGCGCCGCCGAGCGUCGACCUGGGCGAGAUCGUGACGCUGGGCGAAAACGACGAUACGCCGUUCCUUGGCGACGUGCCUGCUGGCACCUUGGUCUCGUCGCUGCACUCGAACCUCGCCAAGAUCCCGAUCUUCCAGCACACGCCGCGCGCGUUGAUGCUCGAGGCCACCACCGAGUUUGAGUAUUUUCUCCUCGUGCGCACUGCCUCGAGAAAGCGCGGUGCUUCCGCCUUGUCGCUUCUGGAGCUGCCGCCAGUGUUUGUCGCUGGCCAGGUCGAGCCGCAGAUGGAGGUACCGGCACCCGGCUCGCGCGCCGCCAACAGCUUUAUCAAGCCAUACAUGUCCCUGCACGUCCUUCGCCUCUUCCAGGCGACUGGCAACAACGAGCGCAUUUUCAUGGACGCUGUCCAGCGCCUCUUUCCGAGCCAGUCGAUCACGGCCGUCCGCAAAUGCCUCAAGGAACUCGCCACGUUCGAGCGCGAAGCGGGCGGGUGGGCGCCAAAGGCAGCCCACGAACGCGUUACUGACGAAGCGGUCCUUGCCACGCUGACGCCCGAGGCUGUCUGUCUCUACGAAAGCCACUUGCGCGGCCACCGCCAGCUUCAAGACAUGGGUCUCUCUCAGCUAACGAGCUCGGUGGACGUUGCGAAAGCGAUCGAGCAGCUCACCAAGCGCCUGAAGAGCCGUCAGACGCAGCUACAGACACGGGUGCUGUCCCCCCACGGCUUUUCCAAGCGAGAGUUUGCGCGACAAGCCAAAGCGCUGUGGGCGCUCGACCCCGAGGUUGGGAGACCUAUGCACGAUAUUCAGAUUGCGCGGUCAAUCGCGCUGCAGCUCGAGCGCACGCCGUGGCAGUGGACGCGCAACUAUGUCGAGUGCCACGUGCAAGGAAAAGGCAUGCUCAAGCUCACAGGCGAUGGCGACCCGUCGGCUUGUGGUGAGGGCUUUAGCUUUCUUCGCGCCGCGGCGACCCGCGCAAGUGGCGCUCUCUCGGCAUCGACGGCGCUGCUCUCGGGCACAUCGGCGGAUCUGCGCAAGCUCACGAUGAAGCAAGCAGGUGUUGUGCUCAAAGUGCUGGGAAUGGACGAGGAAGCGAUUCGGAAACUACCGCGCUGGGACCGCGUCGCGAUGAUCCGGACGCUCAGCGUCAAAGGCUCGCAGCGCGGCGAAGUUGGCCUCGACAAAUUUGUUCGUGGCAGCCGCAAGUCGCUCCACGCGCAGCACCAAGCGUACUUGACGCAGUGCGACUUGCGCUACCGUGCGCAGAUCGACGCGCUCGCAAGUGACCGCAUUGUGGAUGAUGACGAGGACGAUGAAAGUGAGGAUGAUGAUGUCGGCGACCUCGAGCACGAUGUGUUUGGCGCCAACGGAGACGACCUCAUGGCCGCACGCUCGGCAACGGGUCUUCACAACCUCUUUGCCAAAGACGGCCCCCGAUCGCAGCGCUCGACGUUGGUCCUGCAAGCGCGCGACGAUGCCGCCGAGCUCGAGAACCUCAAGCGCGACAUGGCCGACACGUCGGGUGGGAGCCGCACCCCGCUCUUUGCAACGCCGUUGACGCAGGUCGCAUCGAUGGCGAGUGCCACGCGGCCAGCACGCCGCCAAGCGAUCAAGCGUGUCACACGCACCGUGCACGAGGAUGGCAGCGAGACGGUCAAGAUCGCGUUUAUCGUCGACCCAAUUGCAGUGCAGCUGUACACGGCCAACAUUAAGAAGGAUCACGCCGCCAAAGGCAGUCGCAGCACCGACAAGAACCCCCAUGCAGCGUUGGGCAGCAGCCCUAGCAGCGCCUCUACCACUCCAACGCACCCUACCAAGAAACCGAAGCGCCGACACGAGGUCUCGGCAUCACUGGACGAGCACGGGGCCAGGAAGCGACCCAAGCGGAGCCUCUCGCGCCUGCCGAUCGCACGCCUCAACGCGCUCUUGGAGCGUGUAUUUUUCCAGCUGCUUGCGAUGCCUGAGAGCGCUCACCUUUGCGACAACAAGCAGAUGAAAGACGGCAAAGGGAUGGACCUCCAGCGCAUGCGCGGCAAGCUGAGCGAUCUCGCGUACGACUCGGUGCAGUCGUUUGGGGACGACGUUGCGCUCAUGGCCACGAGCACCGUUCUUCUCCAAGGCGACACGAGCAAUGUCGCAGGCACCGUCAGCCACGUCGUCGCAAAGGUCACCGCGGCGCUCCAGGACCUCGACGACGCGCUCCGCCCCCUCGAGCAGCAAUUGCGCGCAAGUCGUCCCCCGACCUCUGAGUCGUAUUAAGAUAACAAGCAUAGCUCUAGUAUAGAUUCUUAUAUUCUGUUA